ACAUUGAGCCGACUCCCGAUACUCCCUCCUCGCACUCCAUGGAAGAAGCUUUAUCCAAUUGAUAGCACAAAGAGCCAUGAGAUCGGAAUAUCCGACUGUAGAGUCCCUUCCAACCCAGAACAGCAAGACGGACUAUGGCUUCCGGAACUGCCACACCCAGAGAAGACACUACAUGAUUCUCGAAAUGGAUAUCAUCGCAGUCUUUGGCUGCCUCUGAUUCUUCGCCAAAUACCCAAGACAGCAGACGAUCGGCAAUGCCAAUGUCCUCUAUACAGUUCCUCAGAUCAAAUGCAUCCUGGGUUCUCUGCAAUAACUUUCCUCGGUGGCAUGAAAGAAUACUCCACAUAA